AUGUAUCCUCACCCGGGUGCCCCGAUGCCACCCCCGCCGACGCAGAAACCGGAAACCUUUAUGCUCUCGCAAGAGGCGCAGAACAGUCUUCCGCAUGAUGCGCAAGUCGCUCUGCAACAAGUCGAUAAUCUAAAAUAUUUCCUUUUGUCAGCCCCCGUCGACUGGCAACAGGACCAGCUCAUUCGCCGUUUCCUCCUCCCAACCGGUGACUAUGUCUCGUGUAUACUCUGGAGCAACCUCUUUCACAUUUCGGGUACCGACAUCGUUCGCUGUCUCGCUUUCCGAUUCCAAGCGUUUGGCCGCCCUGUGAAGAACUCAAAGAAAUUUGAAGAGGGUAUCUUCUCCGACCUGCGAAAUCUCAAAGCCGGCACCGAUGCAACCCUCGAGGAGCCCAAGAGCGCGUUCCUGGACUUCCUGUACAAAAACAACUGCAUUCGCACGCAGAAGAAACAAAAGGUGUUUUACUGGUACAGCGUUCCCCACGAUCGAUUGUUCCUCGAUGCACUCGAGCGUGAUUUGAAGCGCGAGAAGAUGAACCAAGAAGCGACAACGGUCGCGGUCAGCGAACCCGCCAUGUCCUUUGAAUUCGACUCUUCCCAGUCCCUAUAUGAGCAAUUGACGAAAGCGCAACAAGCGAAUUCCUCCUCGUUCGCUGCCCACGCAAGUACGACAUAUGGCCAGCCCAACUCCCCCGUGGUUCGGACCGUUGACGCAAUGCCUCCUCCCCAGAUGGCUCCCCCAGCGAUGCCGCUACUCCAGGACGACCCGGGUCACCCCGCGAUGUACGGAGCUCCGCAGAUGCCCCUGACGAAUAACAUUGUUCAGGGUAUCAUCAAGCGUGAGCAAGAUUACGGCCCAAUCCAAUACGAUCGCAACGGAAUGCCGAUGGCGCGUAUCCACCAACGCCAUUCAUCGAUGCCAACCUUCUACGAGUAUUCCCCCGCUCCGUCCUUUGUGUCCUCUCAGUAUGAGGAUUACAGCAACCGCGGCCUGUCCUUCGAACCCGUGACCCCACCCCAGCACUCCGUCGGGCUUGGGGCCGAACCUGCUUAUAUCGCUAACGAAGAUACCGGCUUGUACACUGCGAUUCCGGAUCUCUCAAACGCGGCUUCGUACAACCCUAUGAUGCAGCUGCCUCCAUCGAACUUCGCCAGUGGCCACUACCCUUCUGCCUCCCGCUCUUUUCCGUCCAACGCAUAUUCCGUGAUCGAAGGCUCACCGACAUACAAACAGCGCAGGCGCCGACCAUCCGUCACCCCGGGUGCCUCAAGCAUGCCGGGUACAGCGCACGGUUCCGCCCAUGGUACCCCAGCACCCCAACCUCCACCCUAUGCUGCACACCGGCCUAGUGAUCUCCGUCGCUCGGUGUCUAGCUCUGUGGCCCCGGUGGCUGAGGGAGAGGAACCUGCGCAGGACUACUCUCGCGCAUACCCUUCCAUGCUUCCCCAGAAGGAUCUGCUCCAAGAAAUUUCGCGUCACGGAACCCCACUGCAAAACCUGGACGAGUCCGUCAACCAUCAUCACUCUGUGCCACUAAACCACCAAGCUGAUGACUUGGCGGCGCUUCCUACGAGCGCAGCAUUGGAGAACACCGUUCAAAAUAGCACUGGCCGAUCGGAAAGGGCAGGCCCUGGUCCUGCUCGCCGGGCUCGCAGUGCAACCAUGAUGGAGCUUGGUAAGCCUGUUUCUAUUUUUAAUUCUUCAGUCCCCAAUUGUGGGGACGAUCUGCACUUUGUCCCCGUCAUCAAUGUGAUGGGGUUUCGAUUGGCGCCGAAGCUAACUUGGGCGCUUAGGCACGUGAGGACUCAUACCCAAGAACGCCCAUACCCCUGCCCCUACUGCAGCAAAGCCUUCUCACGAUCCGACAAUCUUGCACAACAUCGUCGGAUCCACGAAGCCCAACAAGACGGCCAGCCCGCCCUCGCUGCCGAGGAGGAUCUGGAGAAUGAUGGCGAGUUCGACUCUCCCGAGUCGUCUCCCCCUGCUCCCGCUCACCCCCACCCCCACAGCAUGGUCAACAUGCCCGCAAUGACCUCCAUGGCCACCCCUAUGAGUAUCCCUGCCGUGCCGGGCAUGGCUUCCCACAUGAUUGCUCCACAAAUGCUCCAGCAGCAGUUGUGA